AUGAGCGAACCGAAUAAUAUGAACGACGAUUAUAUCGAACAUUAUAACAGCAUCUGUCAAUCGACUUACCCGGAGAACUUUAAUUUUGAAGACAACAAUCUUCCAAUUUACAUGCCCGUUAAUUUUCAAUCCCAAUCUCAUAUUCAAGAUUUCCUCCCCCCUGCUACCUCCUCUCUCUCCAAUAAUGUCGAUGAAAUGUCUAUGAAUAAUAUGGACUACGGAGAUACCGGAACUUAUGCAGGCGAUUAUACAUUGUAUCAAGACAACCCCUCAGAAUAUGGUAACGUUGACGCAAUGGAUAAACAAUUGAAUCUACCGAGCCACGAUCAAGUCGAAAACAGUUCUUGUCCGCUUCCAGUAUCUUUUCGGACAGUCUGCGGCCCCUCCGUCCCUCAUUGUGAUACGACGAACGACAGUCCAGCAGAUAAUAAUUUUCAACAUCUCAACAAUACAUGCAUUUCAUAUAUUCUUAUACAGGGGCCCACAAGCCAUGAAUACGUUAUUAUGAGAGAAGAGCGGACUCAUUCAGUGUUAGGCAGAGUGUCUGCUGCUACUAGUAUUGGCGAAAUGUUAGCUUUAACUCGAAUGUGA